AUGCACAUGCAAGCCAAGUUGCAACAGAGAGAAUUCUUCGUGGGUAGUCGAAAAUCUAGCGUCAGCAGGACAAGCCAACCUUGUACCCCCAACAUCCUACGCUUUUUGUUAAAACUGCAGUAUUUCGUCUACUCGUUAGAAGUCAUUUACAGAGAAUGGGAGGCACGCUUUGAAGGGGUAGAAGUGGAGGAAGUGGUGACGCAUAGGACAAAGGAACAAGGGGUAUAUAAGUUGGGUGGCGGGCGCCUUCAACGGAUGCGCUCCUUCAACGCUUGGGGCUCAUGGUGCGCUGCGGACUUGGACACGAUGUUAGACCACGUCCGACCCGCCGACGGUGCUGAGCCAAGGUGUCCGGACAGUGUUCUUACACGGAGACAUGUCGCAAGGGGAGAGGGGCGCGCGAGCUGGCGUUGUUGGACAUGCCUGAGCAAUCCGGAGUACGUUGAGUUGACCCUGAAGUCUGGGGAUCUCAACCAGGCUGACUUGCUUGGACCUAGAUCAAGCAGACCUGAGUCAGCGACUACGUCUGAGCCUGAGCCUGAGCCUGGGCCUGAGUAUGCCUGUCGUAUCAUCUCUAAAUGUGUCCGCUGUAUGAAUCGCCCAGCGGCUUCACGAUCUGACCAACCACUUCCCACCGACCUAGGGGGCCUUGCGGAGCACGCCGGGUGUAUCGAGUUCUACAUCGUUAGCUUGGGAAUAUCCUCACCUGCGAGGCACUUCCAACGGAAGAUCUCCUUGGGCUUAAGGGAAUAUGGUCUUAUCGGCCUAUUGGCGGUGAGCGGGAUCCGGGGGUCUGCAUUGCAUCAGCAGCUGGGGCCGGCGAGGGGGGGGGGCUGGGUUCUGGUUUACUUUGCAAGUACUAGCAAAGCUCUUAGUAGCGCACUCGCGAAAAGUCCUGGUUCUCCAAUUGCGCCAACGUGUGCAGUGACACCCACGGUCAAAACACAGGCUAAUGCGGGGCCAAAGAUAUUGCUCACUUGGCUCGAUUUGGUCAUUAUGGACGACGGAAAAAGCCGAACAAGAAUCGGAAGCAUAGAAGCACGAGGCAAUAUGUUUAAUCGGUUAACUACUUGGAUCAUAUUCGGUGCGUAUCAGGACUCAAGAACAACCGCCUUUGGAGAUCAGGGACAGUGCAAUGCUAGCCAAUAG